GACGAUAUGGUAUUCCGCUGUAUACAUCGGUAUCACAGUACAUGCGCGACAUGGCAUGGAAACCUGUGGAAUAUGCCAGGGGCAAUGACCUGUCGACAACAAUUUACGUAAGGCAUGCUGCCCACCCCUCCGCUCAGAGUGCCAUCGCCCACCAUGGUAGAGGGUCAGCUAGAAGACAGAAUUUUUCUGUAACCGCGAACCCCCGCAACAGGCAGGGAAAUGUCGUCGCCUACUGUGCUGUAGGCGUCAGUCCUUCGUGUAAUGGCACUACCAUCCAUCCAGACAGCGGACAGCGAUGCCAUGAGCUCACAGAAGGUGGAACGAGAGGAAUCUCUGAGCGGGUGCUAUGACGAGGGCAACCUGCAUAGCCCCCUCAAGUGGGAUGAUGAAUCUUCCUUCAUGUAUGAUGACAUGGAAGAAGAUGAAAAGGACAGAAACAAAAGGCAAUCCCGUAACCGCAGUGAGAAGAAGCGCAGAGAUCAGUUCAACAUUCUCAUCAACGAACUGUGCAGUAUGGUGUCUAGCAACAACCGCAAAAUGGACAAGUCUUCUGUGCUGCAGUCCACAAUCGCAUUUCUUAAAAGAAAUAAAGAGAUCACAGCGCAGAGUGAAGCCAACGAGAUCAAGGAGAACUGGAAGCCUCCUUUCCUCACCAAUGAGGAGUUUUCUCAGCUUAUGCUGGAUGCAACAAAUGGCUUUAUGCUGGCGAUCAACAAGCAGGGCAAGAUCCUUUAUGUCUCGGAAAAUGUCACCUCCUUGCUUGGGCACUUACCGAAUGACCUUGUUGGCAACACGCUGGGUGACAUGGUUCAUGAGAAGGAAAAGGUGCAGACUUGUAACCUGCUGACGCAUCACACUCUGCACCUGGACCAGACAGAAUCAGACUAUGGACAUGACAAGCACCUGUCCUUCAGCUGCCACUUCGUGCGAGGGAAGAUCGACCCUACGGAGGAGCCGGCCUACGAGUGCAUCAAGCUGUCAGGCAGCUACAGGAGGUCCCUGUCUGGUAAAAUCAGCUCCACGUGUAAAGUUGAAAAGGACAACCAGAAGACGAAAGGCGGCGUGGGUGGGUCAGGGGGAGACGAGGUGGUGCUGGUCAUGACAGCCAAGCUGCUGGCCCCGCUGUUCCUGAAGGAGAUGUCUGUCGUGGACGAGACCAAGAGAGAGUUCACGUCCAGGCACAGUCUGGAGUGGAAGUUUCUGUUCCUGGACCACAGAGCACCCCCGAUCAUUGGCUACCUUCCAUUUGAAGUGCUGGGGACAUCUGGCUAUGACUACUACCACGUGGAUGACUUGGACAGAAUAUCUAUUUGCCACGAGCAGUUAAUGCAGUGUGGAGAAGGGACAUCCUGCUGUUAUCGUUUCCUGACCAAGGGGCAGCAGUGGAUCUGGCUACAGACUAGAUACUACAUCACCUACAACCAGUGGAACUCCAAACCUGAGUUUAUCGUCUGCACCCACACUGUUGUCAGCUACUCAGAGGUGUGCAACAAACUGCGUCAGGAGUUGGGUCUGUCUGACUCUGGAGACAAUGUGGACAUGUCCGUGAGCUUCGGCACCCUGAAGAGAUCCCUCUCCAAUUCUUCAUUAGCUGUGUCUGAAAAGUCAAGGAAGUCCCAGAGAUCCUCUGCUCCUGACCGGUCCCCACAUGGGUCUGCAGAGAUGCAUUCUGUUCAGGUGGGUGAAACCACUCCUGGCAGCGUGCAGGGGGAGGACUUCCCUGACAUCACCAAACAGUACAAGACUCUGAACGACCUGCUGACCACCAAGACUAGGCCGGUAUCCAGCCAUUCUAGCAGCACCUCAGUACAGCAGCCCAGCAACCCUUCGCAGCGGCCCCAGCCCAGCAGCUCUCACCACUCCGCCCCUCAGACGGUGCCGUCCGCCGCCCAGUCCAGCCUCGCCAAGUUCAGCCAGUACCGCGUGGCAGACGAGAUCAGCAGCACCGGCACGCUGACCGAGAACGACGCCAUGACAACCAUGUCGGAGAGUGUCUACCAUUCCCCUCCUAGUGAGAUGCCCAUGGGAGCUCUCAUCAGACCACCUCAGCUCAGGCUGCAGGAACAACUGCUGCAAAGACAUCAGGCUCUUCAGGACACGAUCCGUCGGCAGCAGGAGGAGCUGCAGCUGCUGCGGCAGCAGAUCCUGAUGCAGUGUCCCAUGGUGACGGAUCCCGGAGUGCUGACGGCCAUGUCGGUACAACAGAACAGCCUGCCGUACCCCCCCUCCUCGUCCCUCCCCACCCCUGCCAUGCCCUACCCCCCCUCCCAGGCCGCCCCCAUGACCAACUCCAUGCAGCAGGUCCCGCAGGCCUCCCUGCUGACCUCCCAGUCCAACAUGGCCAACAUGCCCGGGGGGGUGUUCGUACAGGGGCAGAUGUCGUCCAUCCUGCAGGCCCCUCCCCAGGGGGGUCAGUACGGGGCGGGGCAGGUCCACGCCAUGGGCAUCAUACAGGGACAGUUUGUGGCUUCCCAAGGCGUGCAGCCGGGGCCAUCCUCCUCCGGUCUGGCCUCCCAAAUGGACAAUGUCAGUAGAUUUGAUUUCGGACAGAAUAAGACUUCAGUUGUUACAAAUCCGACGAGUAAAGGUUCUCUGAUGACCACAGCCCAGCUCCUGUCACCGCAGGUCCACAUGAUGCCACCUCCUCAGUCCCCCACGGGCGUGCCUGCCCCCGGCCCCGCCGCGCAGACCAGCAAGAGCAGCCGGCCGCUCACUGUGGCACAGAGACUGCAGAUGCAGCAGCAGCAAAGGCUGCAGCAGGCAAACCUGCAGUCACAGGUACAACAACAGCCACAACAACAACAACAACAACAACAACAACAAGCACAGCUGGCCGCUGCAAACUUCCCAUACUACAUCCAUCAAAUGUACCAGAGGCAGGACUCGGACACACACAGCCAGCACUCCCAGUGACAAAACCUACAUCCACAGCCCACAGCCAGUCGUGCAAUUCUGUAGACUGCUCCUUCACCAGAGAAAAGAUGACAGGGACCAACCUGGAAAAGGGCAGUUGUGAGGAGACCCACAGUUACACAUCAAUAUGGUACAGCCAUGUAGCUCUUGUAUGUGGGUUGCUGUAUAGUCAUGUAUUUUAAGGAUCAAAAUAUUCCACUGAAUCAGUGGCACAGGUCGGAAAGGAUCUCUGAGUUUAUAUUUUUAGAAUAAAACCAGAGCUCAGGGUAAUGAACUACACCUGUUGGUCGACAAAAACAUACAUAUAAUAUAUAUAAUAUAUCCAGAUAUAAGACAUGCUGCAUUCACAUUGUUUUGGCAAAAUGUGGUAGCAAAUGAAGGAAGUGAAACUUUUCACACUGCCUACCAGGCUGUAAUGUGCACAAUAGUUAAGGAGUUUAUCUUUGAAACUGAAUGGUGGUGUUUUAUUGAGAAAGUAUUGUGUGGUAAAGUCACUAACGAAUUAAAUUCAAAGAUUAUAUGUUACUUUUGUACGAAGAAAUUGCUAGAAAAGAUCAACACUAUCUUUAAUCAAGAGAAUAUUCUUGUAAUGAUAUAUUUGUAUGUGCAAUCUGUGGUUUUGUGCUGAAACUUUACAGUACAGUGUGUAAUGUUGUUCUUGUAUCCUGAUUGGGUCAGUGAAAGCAAUGGCGGCUAACAGGUUAUGAGCCAAAGGAAAUAUUCGAGCUCUUAGUGUUGUUUCGUUGUCUACGAAAUCUUUGAGAACCAGAGACAAAUAUACGUAUCAUAGUUUGGGAGUAUUUCCUGCAUUCAGCCGUGGCCCUGCCAUAAGUCAACUUCCAUGGUGUACACAAUACUGUGAACGAUACCUUUAGCCUGGGUACCAUCCUUUACAUCCUCGUACGCACGGUCCCCAACGGCUAGCUGUUAAACUACCCCUUGGGGCCCUGCUAUCUCAUGGCCUACCAGUGGUUACUAUGGUUGUCGCCACAAACCAGCUGUCAGCCAAUCAGAGAAUAGGCAUUUCUUGGGCUUUCUGUUUACGAAAGCCAUCUCGCAAAGACCGCUGGGAAGCUAUCAGCCAAUCAUGUUACGUCUUACAUAGCACCAUCCUCCUACGCCCGAUCCCCAAAGGCUGACUGCCCAUAUAAGGGUAAGCUCAUUAAUAUUUAUGAGCAGGGCGGCUAGGAACUGGUCUGAGUGCGUCAGAUAGCAGAGGUAACCCCAAGGAGUUUCGACACGACUGUGGUCCCUCUGCGUAGGAGAAUGCAUCCUUCGUAGUUGCUAGUAGAUCUCUCGUUUCUGUUUUGUGGCAAGCAAGCAAAAUAGAAGAGCCAGCAGAAACUACUGAGGAUGGUUCCCAGUCUGGGACAUCAUCCUGUCAAAUGUGGAAAUCUGUUGUGAUUAGUAUUAUAUUUGAGGGAUGAAUAACUUCAGAAUGAUAUAAAUUUACCACAUCUAUUUCACAGUGCUUUUUAGAUGUUUUUAUAUGAGUGUAAAACUGUUUGAGGCAUCUUGCUGUGAGUGGUUAAGACCUUUUCAUCAUUCAUACACAGGGUAGGAUACAUCUUAGGAAGGUCCCAACAGCUGAGGGUGACAACACCAUUUUAUAUUCAAUGGAUCCAAAAAAGGCGAAACUUUGACAUACAUGUUUAAUUUGUAAUCACACUCAAAGAUCUCAGAAGGAAAAAGGGUAAUUGCCAUGGCUAAAGAGUAGUACUUAUGUGAACAAUGGGUAAGCAUGGUUUGGGUUUCUAACCUCUCUAAUCUGUUUAAGUGAUGACAACAGACAUGUCUCUAAGUUAUGGCGCCAUUGAAGUACUGUAAGCAUCCUCUGUUAGUGAUAGUUUUGACUGUGGAAGUUCUUAUGGUUGGGUGGACAGGUCUGUACAUGUGGUUAGAGAUGCCAUUAAGGCUUCAAGUAAAGAUAAGUGACCUCAAGAGACAAUCAGUACUAUCGAAGACAGUGUAAUAUCAGAUUAGACCAGUGCCAUGUGCAGUAGUUGUAGGGUGAUCUGCAAUGUAGGUUUUAAGAUGACAGAAAAUGUGAACUCUUACAAUCAUGAUCUCCUUUGUAGAAUUAUAAUGAUUGUUUUUGCCAGGAGCAUUUCAAGUAGCUGCUUUAAUGCAAAACUUUUGUGUACAUCUAUAUUAUCAACAUACAAGCAAAUCAAAAUAUGUAACAUGUCUAAGUUUUAUCAUUUUUUUUAGUUUUAGGAAAGUACAUGUUAUUGAAAUAAACAAAACAUUCCUCAGUUGUACCACACUUCACUCUUAUAGUGUAUUCCAAAACCUGUAUAUACACAAAUUAUGUAUACUAUGAAUAGGAUACGGUAAUCAAGAGAUGAGUACCCCUGCAGGAAUUGUGAAAAGGAAUGUUAAGUUUCCUAACUUUGUACAUGCAAUGCUUGAUCUGACCAAGAAAAAAAAGACAUGUCAAUAUUGAUAUUUUAAAGUCUUUGUUACCAGAAGGCUGAUUAUGUAGGAUGAUUGUUCAGAUGAGACAAUUUCUGUUAUUGAAGGUUGGAGACUGAAAGUACAGCAUGUGGUGCCAAAUGGAAUGUUUCUUAUACUUUCAACCCUUGUAUUUGUAUGGAUGAUUUAAACAUCUGGCAUUAGCAGCCUUUAAUUGUUUCCUUUAUGUCUGUAAAAAGUGUUAGUAAAAAAGAUGAAAUUUGAUGUAGAAGUCAAAGUAAUUGGUCUUGUCAUAAGGUGUGUACAUGUGGUGCUACAUUUUACAUUACCUUUUAUAUGUAAUUGGAUCGGACGUUUCCAUGUACUGUUAUUUGUAGAUUGUGCAAUUUAAGGUCCUGGAGUACAUGCCAGAAAGUCAGCUGUACUGGCAAGACAUUUGUGGUAUCUAAACCUCAGUCCCAUGCUAGUUUGAUUUUUGACAGAAUUGUGAUCAUUGCAAAGUAGGUUUGCCAUAAUUAUAAAAGGUGAGUGAAGAUCAUUGGUGACAAAUAUAAUGGGUAGUUCCUAAGUUGUCAUGGCUGUAGAUAAAACUGAUUUUACAUAAUACAUGUAAUAAGACUUCUGAAAGCGGGUACCUUCAAGGGAAAUGAUUCUAGGAGCAAAGGGUUGACGUCUAUGUGUUGAAACAGUGUUUGAUUCGUAUCAUUUGGAGGAUUCGAUAAUUUUUGUCAAACAUACUGUAUAGUGGAGACCAGUAUUUCCUGAAUUGAUAUUUAAAGUUCAGUAAAAUGUCUUGCUCAAACAGCCAAUUUGUGUGCCAGCUAUAGUUUGGCUUCACUUUUAACAAUGACAGGAAAUAGUGACAACUGUCCAUAUCCAGAAGGUUUGAAAUUUUCAUCCAGGUUUUGAAGAAUACCUUUGUACAAAAGAAAUGAUAAUAUUUGAUUGUAUGCUUUUCAUGGGUGUCUGUACAUGUUUGGAAAGGCUGUGUUGUUUUUUAGAUCACAUGUCAUGUGCCUUAGAUGGUAUUACUGGGAAAAAUAAAGAUUAUUUUCCCACAUA